AUGCCAUCCGACGGACGAUACGGUUACUCUCAUCCAAACCCCCCAAGCUAUGACUACAACCCUUACCCCCCACCCGUCUCAGCGUACGAGCCUCCUCAGGUAGUUCAACCCCCUUCCUUGCGAUCAUCUCGGUCAACAAAUCCCCCUUCCCAACCCCAUUCACCGCCUCUGUCAAAUCACCACUAUCAAGCCCCAUCCUACCAGCAGCAGGGUUACGGUCCAGGGCAGUACCAGCACCCGCCGCCUCAGCCCCCGCCCCAGGCUCAGCACCCGCCGCCGCCGCCGCAUCCUUCAUCGCACUGGCCCAAUGAGGGCUGGGGCCAUUAUAAUCAGCAACAAUACCCACCCCAUCCCCCUCCCACACAUGCGUCUGCAGAACCUCCGUACACCUCUGGUCCUGGACGACCAGAACAAGUUUCCAGCUCUUCUUCUGAGCCGAGGGGAUACGCGCCUUCGCAUCCCCCUCCUCCGCCUUCGAGCGGUGAUUCUCGUAGAGGGGAGGAUAGGCACCAUGCACCACCGCCACCUCCACCUCCUCACUCGUCCUCUGCCUCCUCGAUUCCGCCGCCACCGAGCUCUGCUCACCAUCACCAGCAACAGCAACCGCAGCAGCCUCCUCCUCCUCCACACCACCACCACCAGGCUCAACAGCAUAACAAUCAGGGAAAACCUUCACGGAGGGAGAAAGAAUCCCCUCCCGCGAUCCCACCGCCAGGCACACCUUCCAAUCUUGAUUUCAUGAAGUUGUUGGAGUCCUAUAGGAUAAUUUUGGAUGGGACGGAGGCGCUGUCUGCUCCCUCGUCGUCGUCGUCGUCAGCCUCCAGAACGCCUCCAGCGGCCGAGACGAUCGAACGAAUGUUGCAGAGCGCUACGUACGGUUGGCACACGCUCGACGAGGCGUUGGCGCAGCAUUCCCAUCGCCAGAGUGGCGGUAAUGCCGCGGCACCGACCGAGUCGACACGCUCUCCAAAGGAGAAAGACCCAGAAGAAGCGACGCCGAAGGAGCCGGCGAAUGGAGCUACGGCGUCAUCGUCUUCUUCUUCAAAGCGACAGAAAGUAGAUGAUACGGUUCAGGAAGGUCAGACUUGUUUGGGGUGUAAUGCUACCUCUACGCCAGAGUGGAGACGGGGACCGAUGGGACCUCGUACACUAUGCAAUGCUUGUGGGCUGGUGUACGCCAAGCUGAUAAAAAAACGUUUUCGGGAAACACUCAAUAUGAAGGGUCAGAAUGGCAAAAAUAUUCCUCCCCAAGCGGCUGGUGAUGACUCAUUGGAAGGCGAGAGCGAAGACGACGACGGGUAUUCGCAGGACCGACGGAGCGAGCUUGUGGAAGGGAGAGACUAA